AUGGAUUUAACAUUACUAUCUAGUGACAGUUACAGUGAUUUGGAAAUGCUAGCUCAGUUAUCUGACUCGAGUGAUGAAGAUGAAACCCUACGCCGCACUCCAAAGAGAAUCAGAAGAGUGAAAUAUACGCAAAGUUUCGAUGACGGUGAUUUUACCUUUAGGUUUCGAUUGAACAAACAUGCGUUCAAUUCUUUAUUGUUAGAAAUAACCCCAUUAUUACGAGUAACAUCCACGAGAAAUUACGGAGUAUCACCAUUGCAUCAACUUUUGUUGACCCUACGGUUUUAUGCACUAGGCACAAUGUUGAUAUCCAUAGCAGAUUUUGUUGGAGUGUCAAAAUCUACAGCAGGCAGAGUAGUGCGAGACACAUCAUCAGCAAUUGCCCAAUUAUAUGAUAAAUAUAUUUAUGUUCAUCGAAGGAGUGCAGAUAAUUUCUAUAGAAUUGCUGGAUUUCCUCGCGUGCUUGGGGCAAUUGAUGGCACACAUAUCCGCAUACAGUCUCCAUGGCAAUUCGGAAAUCGCUGGUUACUUGGAGAUAGUGCCUAUCCAAACACGCCAUAUUUAUUAACACCUGUUCUGAAGCUGAACAUAGGUACAAUGAAGCACACAUUAAAACUAGAAAUACCAUUGAACGAGCAUUUGGAGUAUGGAAACGUAGGUUCCCUGUUGUAG